AUGGCUUCAGACUACGCCUUCGAAGGAUGGAUGGGCCACGACAAGGAGUCUGCAAAGGGCAAGCUCGUCUGGCAGCAGUUCGAGCCCAAACCUUGGGAGGAGACAGAUGUUGAUAUUCAAAUCACGCAUUGUGGUAUCUGUGCUACUGAUUUGCACACCUUGAGGUCGGGACAUGGAGCGACACCGUACCCCAUCUGCGUCGGCCACGAGAUCGUUGGCAAGGUCGUACGUGUCGGCUCCGCCGUCACCAAAGGCCUCAAGAUCGGCGACCGCGUCGGUGUAGGUGCCAUGCAACAGUCCUGCCAACAACCCGACUGCGAAGAAUGCACGUCUAGCAACGAGCAGUACUGUACCAAGUGCGUGAACACGUACGGCUCCAAGUAUCCGAACGGCGGUAUGUCGCAAGGCGGGUAUGCGAAGUAUCACCGUUGCAAUGCCCAGUGUGCUUUCAAGAUUCCAGAGGGUCUCCCCAGCGAGGAGGCCGCGCCGAUUAUGUGUGGAGGUAUCACGAUGUACGGGCCGUUGAGAAAUAACGGUUGUGGCCCGGGGAUGAAGGUUGGAAUUGUUGGGGUUGGCGGUCUGGGCCAUUAUGGCAUUCUGUUUGCAAAGGCAAUGGGUGCAGACCGAGUGGUGGGAAUCAGCCGAAAGAACGACAAGCGGAGCGAUGUGCUCAAGAUGGGAGCGGACGAGUACAUUGCCACUUCUGAGGACAAGAAGGAGAUGUUGCAGCUGGCUGUUGACAAGAAGGUCAAGGCCUGGGUACAGACCCGGCCGAUGAAGGACGCUAACCAGGCCAUCAUCGACAUGGAUGCUGGAAAGGCCAGGUUCCGGUAUACCUUGGUGAACGAGCCUGACAGUAAGCUGUAG